AUGCUAAAAAAUGUUACUGCUAUACAUCUGAGAACCCAUACUGGCGAGAAGCCGUUUGCCUGUGAACAUUGCUCGAAGCAAUUUACUACCCCUUCACAGUUAAAAAAACACCUGAGAACCCAUACUGGCGAAAAGCCAUUUGCCUGUGAACAUUGCUGGAAGAGACAUCUGAGAACCCAUACUGAAGAGAAGCCGUUUGCCUGUGAACAUUGCUGGAAGCGAUUUUCUCGAUCUGGAAACUUAAAAGUUCACUUGAGAACCCAUACUGGCGAGAAGCCAUUUGUCUGUGAACAUUGCUGGAAGCAAUUUUCCCAGGCUUCAAGUUUAGAGAGACAUUUGAGAACCCAUACUGGCGAGAAGCCGUUUGCCUGUGAACAUUGCUCGAAGCAAUUUUCCGAUGCUUCAAGUUUAGAGACACAUCUGAGAAGCCAUACUGGCGAGAAACCGUAUUCCUCAAUUACCUGGACUUACAUGACAUUGUACUUCACCAAGCAUGUCAGCUGA